UAGCUUGUUUAUUUGACAGAUAAUAUUUUAACGGGAGUAUAAUAUUAUGAUGUAAAAGUUAUUUUGUUAUAGAAGCGAGUUUUUAGUCGAAAAAACCGGCUUGCGAAGGUAGUCAAAACGAAGAUAAACGCACCCUCCCUUCCCAUCUCGACUCGUGACGACACUGCGUUUCCGGCGAAACACAUACAUUUCUCGAGUUGGAACUUGCAAACUUCGGAGUUCAAAAUGAAGAAGGUUUUCGGAAUGAUAAACAAGAAAAAAGGGGAGGACUCUGACGAAGAGUGGCCUAGCUAUACAGACCCGACAGUGUUACACGCCACGGAUCCGCCUUCGCGAAAUUCUAGAGGCAUCUUGCAACCACAUUAUCCACCACCUCGUCCAUGUCAUAGCGGUAAUUCGCCAAAUCCACGUCGAAAGAACCCAGAUACGGCCGUUGUACAAGGGAAUAAAAAGCCUCAGCUUACAGAGAACAACAGAAAUAGUGCCUCGAAUUUAGUUACCUGCGAACCAAAACGCGCUCCACCACGAAUAAAUGUUACGAAAAAGGUAAAUAGACUUUCUAAGUUUAGCACAUACAUAUUAUUCCACAUUCAUUGUCAAAUGUCUACUUGAAAAUGUUUACGAGACAGUGUUCAGAGGCUCUAAAUUUAUUUCAAAAUGGCAUGUAAAUAUUCAAGAGGGAACUCUGUGUUAUUUGCGAGUAUACGCGUAAAAUAUUUUACGAUAAUAACCCGGUUUCAUUAACCUUCUGACAUAUAAAUAUAUUUGGCAUUGUUUUGAACUCAUUGCUGACCUAGUAAUUUAAAUAUUCGUCUCUAAAUAGAUUUCUAAUUUAAGCCAAACGUUCGAUAUAUCUACCCUAAUCCACAAGUGAUAAUAUGAGCUUAAUAGAUGUGAUUUCGGUGUAGAAUUCAUUCAUCAAAAUUGUUUGAAAUAGAAUAUGUGGAAAACUUUUUACAGUGGGAAGCGUUGAGCAACGCAAUGAAUUAUGUUUAUUUAUGAGAACACGCCUCGAUGACCUCAUAAAACUCCAUGAGUCGUAUAUACUUUUCCAAACGAUUCUCAAAAAUAAGCUUAUACGUUCUAAUAACUAAUUAGAACCAUUCCUGGACAUAAUUGAAACAUGAGGCGACCGACAGUUGAAUGAAGAAUAUUCCCAAGCAGAAGUCUAUUAUUACAAAUUAAGUUCUUUUUAAAAUCUGUUAUUUUUUUGUUCAAUUGAAAUUAUAGUGAUUAUAAGCUUUUCCAUCAUUUGCAUCUGACAACAAACAGUGGGAAAUAGAACGUUGUAUAUUCUCAUGUGAAAAUUUCAUAUUUGCUGUUCAUAUAUAGGCGGAUGCGAUACUGAAAAAAAUCAAUAUAUCGAUAUCGAAAAAAAUAUAUCGAUAACAUCAACUAUAUUGAAUUAUGCAAAUUAGAAAACAACAAGCACACAUUAAAAAGAUUUAUUUACAACAGUAUAUUGAACCGCUUGGGGGGGGGGCUUGUCGGGGGGGAUCUUUGCUGAUCACACUUACUCUGUUUAUGCUUUUAAAUUGCCCACACGCUUGCUAUUUGAAUUUGCAAUUGCCGUCAUACACAUAUUUUUUUAAACAUUACUGGACAAUAAUUGCCAAAAAAGGAGCUUAUUAUAAAGUUGUAUAGUUAAAACUCUUGAUAUUUUCAAUAUGUGAAAAUUUGAAUAUCGAUAUUUUUGAAAUAUCGAUUUUUAUUGAAAAUAUUUCUAUAUCGCAUCAGCCUAUUAAACUUAACAGACUUUAAUCUCGUCAGCCAAUCAUGAAACUUACCGGUCACAACAGAUUUUUUGCUGCUCAUCUUUUGGAUUCCUGACUUGCGCCUCUUUAAGUGUGCUUGUAUAAGUAUGAUUACGGAUAAUUAUUCUGAAGAAAAUGCUUACUUUCUUGGCGAGAAUAACGAGAAAAAGUUGUAUAAACAAUUGAAAAUAUAUUUACUAGUUGAAUACUACAUACAGUAGGAAUACAAGAAUAUUAUUUUACAAACAAAACAAUUGUUUACUGUAACAUACCGGCCCGAGCCACAAUGUGUUACUGAGCAAUGACAAAUGAUAAUUUUGAAUGAAAGUAAAUUGGAGAAAAAAAUCCACUUGUGUAGUGUGUACCCAUUAUUUUCAUUAAAAAUUUUCCUGGUCAUGUAUGCAUGUCUGUAAGUAAUAAUAUUUGCCGGUCAAACUGUAAAACUUACCUGUCAAUGACCGGUUAUUUCGAGGCCGGAGGCCACCCUACCAUAUGUGUUUAUUUAGCCGCUUGUGAUUAGCUGAACUUAAAUGUUCAAAAUAAAUUACGGUUUAUUAAAUCUUUAAAUUAACAAAUGAAUAUAAAAAGCCACCUGCCCAGACAUUCUGGCAAAGAUAAACGACAAUCACCCAACUAAUAAACCUACGCAUAAACUAGAAAGUAAAAACCAAAAAUAAAAAUGUGCUGUGCAUAGUCAAAUAUAAAACUUCCUGCAUAUGUGGAUUUCAGAGAAAUUAUGUAUUGUGCUGCAUGUUGUGAUAAACUUCAAUUUAAACACAAGGGAAACUCAACUUGCAAAACACAUUUAACAUUUUUAAACAAUAAGUAAAUUAUAUGGAUUCUAGUACCCUGUAUAUAAGAUGACAAAAAUUCCUGCAAGGUGUAAGAACAUUUUCUGUGCAAAUAUUUUGUUAAUUUCCUGGCACAGGCAGCAGUUCUGCUGGUAGUGCCAGAAAUUUUCCAGCACUGCACAUAAACAGUCUCCAACCUCGUACCCAGGGUCUUUCCUCUUGUGGAGAAAAGACCCUGGUAGACGCUGGUCACGUGAUCUGCUAAAAUCUAGCAGAUUUCUAAUUAACUAUAACUUUAAGUGGCAAUGCACCCUACUAAAUUUAGCAUUUUACUCGCCAGACCAUUUUACUUGUCAAGUGCAGAGUGCUGCCACUCAAUAGAUUAACCAAACAAGCUGCCCAUGUAUCCUCUUUACCCAUUAAGUGGCAAUGCACCCUGAUGCACCCUACUUUAGCAUUUUACUCUGUCUAACACCAGAUGAUUUUACUUGUCAAAUGGAGAGUGCUGCCACUCAAUGGGUUAAACUAUAAAAAUUAUCCAAAUAUCAAAUAUUUAUUGACCUCAUCUUAGAUUGCUAAUUAAAAAUCUGGUGGAUUUUAGCAGAUCACGUGACCAGCAUCUACCAGGGUCUUUUCUCCCCUCGCCAUGAGGAAAGACCCUGGGUACGAGGUUGAAACAGUCUUCUGAAUUCAAUACCAGAGGCUAACAUCUUUUGCAUGAAUUCAAAUCAAAUGUCCAUUUCAGUUCUUAUUUUCUAAUUUGAAAUUUAAUUGAACCUGUCUAUUUAAGCUGUCUUCAGAUGCAGAAGAUGAUUAUUGCGACCCAAUCGACGUUCAGCGAAAAGACGACUUCAUCCAAGAAAUGAAAAGCAGCAAGCCAAUCAAGGAUGAUUAUUGUGAGCCUUGGGAUUCCACAAUCAAGACUGACGCAACAAACGUGUCGUCGAAGAAGCAAGGCAACUCCGAUGAUGAACACAAUGAAUAUCUUGACCCAUAUGACACAGGGAAAGAGGGUAUUAUCGAGAAACGAAUGAGCCGAGGGUUUGUACGAGAAUUUGGUGUACCACAUGGGAAAGUUUCAACGACUGAGCAGAGAAGGAAUGCAGUUGAUGACCCAAGGUUUGUAUUUAAAUUGACUGAAUACACCCUUUCGAUAAUUAUUUCACACAUACUUAUGGGUCUCCGAGCCUCGCUCUCAUUAGUAAAUUAUGCAAGGUGAGUGGUUCACUAUUCAUGAGAACGAGGCUCCCAGGCCAAAUGACAUAGUUAUUGAAAGGGUGUAGUGGCAGCACCCUUCCCUUGACAAUCAUGUUUGGCAUUAGACAGAGUAAGAUCAUGUAGCAUUAGCCAGAGUAAAAUAAUAAAGUUGGGCACAUUACUGUAGGGUACAAUGCAACUUAAUGGGUUAGUAGAAGGCAGACAUGGUGGUUCCAAGUACUAGCGGUAACAACAUAAAUCAACAAAUACACUGUAUGUGUUUUGUAGCAAAAAUUCAUCAGAUGAUUAUGACACACCUUGGGAAUGGAAACAAAAGAUCCAAAUGCAGCAGAGUAGAAUGAAAGCUCCCAAACCCACAGCACAGCGACCAAAAUCAAAUCACGAGCAAGACAAACAACCCUCGACGAAACCAACCGAUGACUAUGAUGAGCCAUGGGAAAAGAAACAGAGUUACUUGCUAAAAACACAAGUACCCAAACCCCGCUCACCCGUACCCCUCCCAAGACAAACCCACCCUCAAAGCAAUGACAGUCAACUGUACGAACAACCGUGGGACGCUAUGAACCAACCGAACGGCCAGCAACCACAGGCGGAAGGUGUGUACGAAACCCCCUGGGAUGCAACAGGUGGGGGUGCAGCCAAUGGACGUGCAUCGCCUCGUAGGUUUUCCCAGCCUGCCUCAUCAAUGGGUGGUCCUGUUUAUAUCAACAGAAAGUUCUCACAACCUGUGAUACCCUCAGCUCCAAGUGAUGAUUACGAUACACCAUGGGAAUAUAAGAAUAAACAGUUCGGAGUGAUGGGGCCUCCUAAACCAAUUCGACUUCAUGAGAUCGCUAAUUCACAACCGGUCGAUCCCAAUUUACCAUUAAAUCAACAGAGGUAAACAUGAAAUUAGUAUGAAUUAUUUUAAAGUCUUGAAAGCAUAUAUACUGUAUGUGGCCAUAAAAAAAUGAAACAUCUUAUUAUUAUGCUAAAGCCUGAAGCCCUCGUCAAACAGGAAGGGGAAAUUCUAAUCUGCCAAAUCUAAUCAACUCUCCUCAACUUUGAGCUUGGUUAAAGUUUGAUACGAGUUGACGAAAGUGUGGUAAUAUCCUUCUCAUCAAACUCUCGUGCAAAUUCUCGCUUCCCAACUCUCAUCUUUCUUUACAAAAUUUGAAUGCCCUUGAAGGUCCUUGAACUUGAAAACAAAUAUUCAAGGUCUUGAAAUUCCUUGAUUUUAUAAAGAAAUGCUUAAUUGUCCUUGCUUUAGUUUUUUGAAAUUUUUCUGAAAUUGGUUUGGCAUUCAAAAACGGACAAUUUUGUUGAAUUGAUUUUGCUUACAGUAUGUCUUACCAAACUUUUUGAAAUUCAUUAAAUUUGCCAUUUAAACAGUUAAAUGUAAUUUUUCACUAGUUUCUAACACCCUCUUUUCAGCCAUUUGAUCCUUGAAUUAAGUCCUUGAAUUCUGAAGAACCUUUAUUGGUCCUCUAAUAUUUCCAAGCAUAUACGAUCAUACGUUUUCGUUGCUUGAUUUUCUGACUUGUUUGUUGCUAUAAGAAUCUACAGUUUAACAUGUUUGUAUAAUUUAAAAGCAAACAGAAACCAAUUUAGCAAGUAUUUUGAAGUAUAUAUGAUUCUCAAAGAUGAUUGUACAGAACGGUCACUCCUUGCAAUCGAAGUGUGAAGUGCGGAAGUGGAAACAUGUAAUUUGAUACUUUUCCAUCCCCCUCUUAGGUUAUCAAUUUUCUAUGGGUCACGUGACCAGCCCCGACCAGGGUCUUUCCUCAAAAAGAGGGAAGAGCCUGGGAACGAGGUUGCCAAUGGUUAUCCUGCGUCGUUCUAAGCAACGCACAGACGCGUUUUUAUUAGCUAGGCCUGCAGGCUCUCUCAAAUUUCAAAGAGAGUCCAAUUUAGUCCUUGAAUUUUACUCUUCCUGACUUGUACGAACGCUGUUUUUCUGUUUAGAUUGAGUAAGCGUCGAGACAUUUUCUGUAAAGGUUUAAAAAUUAUAAAGUUCUUCAACAAGCUUAAGUAACUUUCUGCCUGAACUACAGUACAUACAGUACAGUACCUGAAUAAUAUUCGGAACAUUAGAUCGUAGUACGCACUAUAUUAGGGACCGGUCAUUAUUUAUGACGGGAGAUGGUAAAAUUUUACUGAUUCAACAAUUUAAAAGUCUUUGUUUUUACCCACCCUCAAAUAUCAAUUAGAAGAUAAAUACUGUACCCACCCCUGGCCAAAAACUUUACAAAAGGAUACCAUUCAGUUGCCACACAUGUCCUUUACCACUUCUGUGACACGAGUUUGAUGACUGUCUGCAGUCUAAAAUUUCAUAUUGUCUGCGCAUGUACUUUCUUUGGAGACACCAUUUGCUUCCUGACAAAUCGGAAAAUUAUCAAGAUACAAGUGACUCUGAUUGAUUCGCAUAUCACAUCGCCAUAUGACUGUUGACAGUGCUUUUUAGUCUCCAAUAUUUGAGUGAGUCAUGCUUUGGAAACGACAAUGCAUUUUUAUUACCCAACCCUUGAAUUGUUUUGUUUAUCAUUUACCCAACCCUUUUCUCUUCGGUGCCCCCCCCCCCGUCAAAAAUAUUGACUGGUCCCUAACCUUUUGACGAAGCCGAAGGAACUUCUUUAAAAAGAUCUGGAAGCUCAAUCCCAACUACAACAAGAUAUUUUGAUAGCAUUUUACUGUGUAAUUCAAUUCACCUUAUUGAUUUAUAGUUGGUACCAUGGUCCAUUAACACGACAACAAGCUGAAGAAUUGCUUCGCGGUCGACAAGACUGUAGUUAUCUCGUCCGAAACAGCGAGAGCAGCAGGAAAGAUUUCUCCUUGUCAAUGAAGUAAGUACAAUAUGAUUAUUACUUGGACGACAAAUAUUAGGUUGUUCACUAUGGAACUUAGAUGAUGAUGAUAAUGGUGGUGAUAAUAAUGAUAAUGGUGGUGGUGAUGAUAAUGGUGGCGAUGAUCAUGAUGGUGGUGAUGAUGAUAAUAGUGAUGAUGAUAAUGGUGAUGGUGAUUAUGAUGAUAAUGGUGGUGGUGAGUAUGAUGAUAAUGGUGGUGAUGAUGAUGAUGGUGGUGAUGAUGAUAAUGGUGGUGAUGAUGAUAAUGGUGGUGAUGAUGAUAAUGGUGAUAGUGAUUAUGAUUAUGAUGAUACUGGUGAUGAUGAUGAUAAUGGUGGUGGUGAUUAUGAUGAUGAUAAUGGUGGUGAUGAUGAUGAUAAAGGUGGUGGUGAUGAUGAUGAUAAUAAUGGUGGUGGUGAUGAUGAUGAUAUGGUGGUGGUGAUGAAUGAUGAUAAUGGUGGUGAUGAUGAUGAUAAUGGUGGUGAUGAUGAUAAUGGUGGUGAUGAUGAUAAUGGUGGUGGUGAUGAUGUAAUGGUGGUGAUGGUGACGAUGAUGAUAAUUGUGGUGAUAAUGAUUGUGAUUGUAAAAUUUAAUUAAUAAUUCAGUAAUAAUUUCUGAGUGGACAAUGUCCGCAUUUCAAAGUAUUUCUUAUUUUUUCAUCGUGUUUUCCUAGGAAUAACGAGAACUUUCUUCAUCUUAAAAUUGUUCGCCAACUCGACGGUCAGUUUAUUCUGGGUCAGUUCAGCAAGCCGUUUAUGGACAUUCCUAAAGUAAUUUUUCAUUACUCUAAAAACAAACUCAAUAUACGCGGAGCCGAACACAAAUUUUUAAAACACCCGGUACAUGGCCAACCCGAGUACCACACAAUUGAACCAGAAGACGAUGAUGGUAUCGAUUUAUAACAUUCCGAGAAACGGGUGAUUAUUCGUGGUAAGAAUUCUAGAAUUCUAGAAAAUUUCCGGAAAACCGUUCCAGCCAAUGAAAAUGUUUUGUUUUGGCAAUUUUUCCGGCGUUGUUGAAUGUGAAAAUGAUAAAAUACAUUUAUUAAUUGAUAUUGGCGAAAUUAAUUGAUUUAUACCAUAGUCAAUUAAGAUGUGGUCUGGAAACCCGGCCAAAGCACCCCCUCCCCGACUGCCAACAUUUAUCCAAUGGCCUUAUUUCAUCGAGUCACUUAAAGUGAUUAUGCAACUCAUGAUCUUGGGGUACAAAAUCGAUAAUUUUGAAUCAAUUAUCUAUAAGAGUUAAACAGUAAAGCAUCCGUAUGCAGUUUUACCGAAUUAUCUCACGAAGGAAUUACAUACGUAAACGAAAUUCUUUAGAAGCUACUUUAUAGUUCUGACGAUUCUUUCAAAUGGAACAAUAAAAAAAUUGCGUCUGUCACCCUUAAUUAAAGGACAAUGGCAACAAAAGAUUUUUUAUUGUCUCAUCUAUCAAAUGUUGUUACGGAUUUUUCAUAUCAAGCUUAACUCUUGAAAUAUGUUGACUGAAAGCAAUAAGGUGUCCGCCAUCUUGAAUUAAUUCUUAAAGGUGAUCUACAGUCCGAUCUGCGCAUGUGCACAAAUGAGCCCACUUUUUAUGAUACAAACAGUUUAACUAUGUUUUGAGUUCUUGAAAAGCCUGAUUGUUGUUUCUUGAUCAUUUAUUAUACUCUAGAAGCUUGAAAAUAUAAAUAGUUGUCGAAUAAAGCUCAAUAUUUUGGACACAAAAAUAUAAACAAAGGCUUUGUUUACAUACGGACUGUAGAUCACCUUUAACUUCAUUAACUAUGGUUUUGAUAACGUCAGGAGUGGGGUUAGCCUUAUAGAAUUACUUCUAAGUUACUGAGUAACAAUCAAAAGUUGUGUAAAAUGUUUUUAUUCAAUUCGAAAUUUGAAGUAGCAACCAAAAACGAGUUUCGUGCUCAUAUUGAUGAAUGGCUGUCAAGAUAAAAAAAACUUGCGUGAUCCCACUUGUGACGAAAUAUGCAUAUCCAAGACAGCUCAUAGCUUUCAGUGAAAACAUUUCAAGAAUCAAGCAAGAUAUUUAAAAAUCUGUAACAAUAUUAUAUAGAUAAUUUUAAACGUUCUCUUUCAAGUGAGACAAUAAAAUUUGUUGCUGCCAUUGUCCUUUUUUAAGUAAGCAUAAUUUGGAAAAAAAUUGUACACAGUAAAUUGGUCUCAACAUGAAAUUGCAUGGUCUCAACUUAAAAUCGUAGUUCAUAGACGCUUUGACGUUUGCCCAGUUUCAAGACCAUAUCUCGCUUGACUAUGUUUAUAGUGAAUGUAUAUUAUGAUAAGAUAAUAAUAUUGAGAACAUAGAUUUUAUCAAUUAUGGAUGUUGGUGAUAGGAUUCAAAUAAUAGCGUCGAAGGUAUUUUGGUAUAGGGUUUUUGAGUUUAAGUGUCAUUUUAUUAUCAAAUGGCAGUUUAGUUUGAUUGCCAUAUUUUGAACGUUGUAAAAAAAUUCUACUAAAGGAAGCCAGCAAUACACAUUUGAAUGAUAUAAAAUAACUACGGUAUGGUUUACACGAGGUCGGGACACUAUAUUAAGAACAGGAAGGCUAUUGAAGUGUACAGCAAGUUCACAUGUUGUUAGCCUUGUCGUUGUCCUUUUGAUUGAUGUGAACGAGUGGAUGAGUUACGAAUGUUCCGAUGAGGGACAAAAACUCAGAACAUUCAUGAUGCAUCCACUCGUUCACAUCAUAGAUAUCUUGUAUACACUAAAUAGCGCAUCUCUUUUAGUAAAAUUGAAGCCAAUAAUACCCCAGGGGUUACCCCCAUUUGAAUAGAUGGCGGCCAUGUUGGAGUUUCCCACUCGCUGAUAAACGCUUAAAAAACAAGGCCAAAAAAAAAUAUGUGGGUUUCCGGUUUCUUCUUAUAAAAACUUAGGUAGGGUAGGUCGGUUUUAACUUUUUUUUAAACUUUUUUUUUAAUUUUCCGAACAAGCGGACGCCAUUUUGUUUAGUCAGUGCUUCCACAUCCAAAGAUAAAUUUCCCUAAUAUUGCCUCAAAUUUCAAUUUUCCACAAACUUUUUCCUCUAAGUGGAAACACUUACAAGCAUGAUCCAAUAAAAAAGUUUAGGGUCGGGAUUUCGACGUCCAAAAGCUAGGUAGGGUCGGGAAACCGGAAACCCACAUAUUUUUUUUGGCCCAACAAUAACUUUCAUCAUUUGAAUAGUUUGAAAAUGUAUUUGGAAUAGGUUUAACUUAAUGUUUAAGUUCCCUGUUUAAGAAAUAGAAAACAUACGAGUCUUCUCAUUUCAUGGGAAUAUCCUGAGUCUGCAAUCACGGCUUCAAUUUUUGAAUUGCAGAAUAGUUAGAUGCACUAUCUAGUAUAUACAAGAUAUCUAUGGUUCACACCCAUCAGAAGAAAAUCGCGCUAGAAAUCGCAGCAAAUGUUGCAAAUGUAAACGAGCCUUUAAAUUUUUCUGGUACCGUAUGAUUAUGAAGGUAUUUAAUAAAACUGUAAUUAAUGACAGAGUAGCUAUAUGUGAUGUAAAUACACGAAAAUUAGCAUUGCAGUACCAGUAUGGAUCAGAAAAAGACGGUGAGCUUAGCUGGCGGAGCGUUGAGGUUGCAGCCAAGAGGAUACAAGCUCAACUCAAGAUCUCUUGGGAUUCGCAAGAAACUUUGUUGUGUUCAAACUGGUUGUGCUAUCAAUACAAGCAUCAUCAAAUACUGAAUAAAUCGAACAUAAAUUGUGAAUGACCGAUGAAUUGAUAUUUGUAAAAAAAAUAGGUUGAAGUAAAUU